CUAAUACAAAAUGUUUGCUUUGUGGUACUUAACUUUUGCGGUCGAUGAAAUACGCAAACGUUUAGCUUGGUUAUUUAGUUCUAACAAGCCUGCAGCGCAAGCGCUAGACAACAAGCCGGCAAAUCCCACUCCCGCCAAGGAAUCCGCUCCAGCUCCAGUUCCAAAACCCGCUGCAGUUCCUGCCCCAACGCCAGAGCCCCCAAAACCAGCGCCUGUUGUAGCACCCAAACCCACACCGGUUCCAGUUCCUGCUCCAGCACCUGUUCCCCCGAAAGAGGAAGCACCCGCACCGAAACCCAAAGCAGAACCUGCUCCCGCACCCGUUGUUACCCCGCCCAAACCAACUUUACCAGCCAAACCCAGUAGUCCGCCGAAACAAGCCGACAAGAUGCCCAUCCCAUUGCCCAAAUCCUUGAGCGAGGCCAGCACAAAUGGCCAAAAUGGCAAUGCAGCCAAUGGCAGUGGGCCCGGAAGUGUGGAUGAACGUGUUUUGGGCGGCCGGCAGGCGCCCGAGAAGGUGCUCCCGACGCCCAAGGAUGCCAGCAACGACUUCAUCAAGGGCGAGACCAAUGCCUUCAUCCAGUCCAUUAAGGAGGCACAGCAGCUGGGCGAGCGCAAACAAGACACCAUGGUUGAUGCCGCUGUUCUCGCUAAACUGGAGGAGGGUUAUGCCAAGCUGGCUGCCUCCGACUCCAAGUCGCUGUUGAAGAAGUACCUGACCAAGGAGGUCUUCGACAACCUGAAGAACAAGGUCACGCCCACCUUCAAGUCGACCCUGCUGGAUGUGAUCCAGUCCGGCCUGGAGAACCACGACUCCGGCGUGGGCAUCUAUGCCCCCGAUGCCGAGUCGUACACAGUGUUCGCCGAUCUGUUCGACCCCAUCAUCGAGGACUACCAUGGUGGCUUCAAGAAGACCGACAAGCACCCGGCCUCCAACUUUGGCGAUGUGGCCACCUUCGGCAACGUUGACCCCACCAACGAGUACGUGAUCUCCACUCGCGUGCGCUGCGGCCGCUCCAUGCAGGGCUACCCCUUCAACCCCUGCCUGACCGAGGACCAGUACAAGGAGAUGGAGGGCAAGGUGAGCAGCACCCUGUCUGGACUGGAGGGUGAGCUGAAGGGCAAGUUCUACCCCCUGACCGGCAUGGAGAAGGCCGUCCAGCAGCAGCUGAUCGACGACCACUUCCUGUUCAAGGAGGGCGAUCGCUUCCUGCAGGCCGCCAAUGCCUGCCGCUUCUGGCCCAGCGGCCGUGGCAUCUACCACAACGAUGCCAAGACCUUCCUGGUCUGGUGCAACGAGGAGGACCAUCUCCGCAUCAUCUCCAUGCAGCAGGGCGGUGAUCUGGGCCAGAUCUACAAGCGUCUGGUGACCGCCGUCAACGAGAUCGAGAAGCGUGUGCCCUUCAGCCACGACGACCGUCUCGGCUUCCUGACCUUCUGCCCCACCAACCUGGGCACCACCAUCCGUGCCUCCGUGCACAUCAAGGUGCCCAAGCUGGCCUCCAACAAGGCCAAGCUGGAGGAGGUUGCCGCCAAGUACAACCUGCAGGUGCGCGGCACCCGCGGCGAGCACACCGAGGCCGAGGGCGGUGUCUACGACAUCUCCAACAAGCGUCGCAUGGGUCUGACCGAGUUCGAUGCCGUCAAGGAGAUGUACGAUGGCAUCACCGAGCUGAUCAAGCUCGAGAAGAGCCUGUAAAUUGCCCGCACACCGCCGAGCAUCGUCCCCCCGUCUGGUGGUGCAUCCCCAAGGAGCUAAUAUCUGUCCACGGGAGCCACCAGUUCGGGGCACACGCAACAAUCAACAACAACAAC